AUGAUCUUGUUGAUAGCAGUCAAGAGAUUAAAGUCAUGGAGCAACAAAGAAGAGAUAAACUUCACUCUUGAAGUCGACAUUCUUUCACAUAUCCGUCACAAGAACUUCUUAAGUGUUCGUGGCUACUGUAAUGAAGGACAAGAACGUCCCCUAGGGAAGGCUGCCUUUGUUCUUAGUGUGCCAAGAAGGAAGCCUACCGACGAGACAAAGGAGACUCUUAGAACCUAUGCUUUUCCUAGUAAUCAUGUCAAGAAAGGAGCCAAUGUCAGAGCUAUAACAAAGGCUGGGAAGAAUCCAGCGGAUGUUGCUCAUCAGAAGCUUCUAGUUUCUCUCGACGAUCAUCAUGACUUCGCCUACUUCUAUCGUCACUCGCAUCUGAAGCAUUUUGUGAGUUCAGUUUACUUCUUUUUCCUGUAA